GCAGCCCCAGGGCAGUUGGACUUGGGCGAUCAGCCAUGGAUUCAGCACUUGUGCUCCUCCUGGCUGUGCUGGCCGUCCUGCCCGAGCCGACCCACGAUCGCCCGAGCGAUGCAGUCGCUGCGGAGCGGAUGAAGAGAAGGCAGAUGUUUCUCGAGGAGAAGAUGAGCGAGCUGUGGGAGGAAGUCGAGUGGAGGAGGGCCCUGGAAAAAGUUCCACUCCUGUGGAUCUUGCAGCACUGGCUCUUCUGGGUGGCUGCAGCAGCUGUGCUCUGCUGGCUGGCCUGGCGCCGUCAGCGGGACAGCUGGCCAGGAGAGGAGGAAGAAGAGCUGGGCGCAGCAGCCGGGGCUGUCAGGCCUUUCCCGGAGCUCAGCCGGUCACCGCUGCAGGAACUGCCCUACAUGGGCCGCACCCUGAAGAAGCUGGUGCGGGACCUGCUGGAGGUGUGCCAGGUGCUCUCCCAGAACACCUUCAUGCCAGAGCUGCACCCGGCCACCCAGAAGCAGGGCACCCUCGAGUCCUGGAGUGACCUGGGGCACCAGAUCAUCUACCAGCUGGUCGUCUUCCUCAGGCCACCCCCCAGGCACUCUUUCCAGCUGCAGCCGCCCGGCGGCAGGCAUGUGCCAGAGAGGUGCUCCAACAUCCGGGUGGUGCUGGAGUGCUCGUGCUCCAGCACGACGGGGGAGACGUCGUGCUUUGUCCACCCCACGCACGACGCUCAGCCCUCGCGCCUGCUCCGCACCCUCUGCACGGGCUCCCACUUGGAGGUGGAGAAAACCGCCGGCUGGGUGCAGAGCUUGGUGGAAGCAGCCUGGGAGCGUUCGCCCCAGUGGCACGACUGGAAGCUCCAGUUGCUGCCCUCCUCCCGCUCCUGCAGGCUCCUGCUGACCGGCCCCUGCCAGGUGCAGCUCUGCGCUGAGCUGCUCCUGGCAGUGCGGCAGGGCCGGCCAGGCAACUUCCUGGUGCUGGAAUAG